AUCAAACUUUAUAUCAUAGCCUCUAGUUGUGUUGCCUUUCUGUGACACUCGCAUUAUCACUCACAACAGUGGCAAAGGCAGAAACUGAUUGUGGAGAGAUCAAUGAUGGGGAGAACCCCGAGGUGUGAGAAAAAUGGACUGAAGAAAGGAACAUGGACACCAGAGGAAGACAAGAAGUUGAUUGAUUAUGUUACCAGGUAUGGCCACUGGAAUUGGCGACUACUCCCCAAGUUCGCAGGUCUUGCAAGAUGUGGAAAGAGUUGCAGACUUAGGUGGCUGAAUUACCUAAGACCAAACGUCAAAAGAGGGAACUACACCGAAGAAGAGGAGGAAACUAUAAUCAAGCUGCACCGACAUCUGGGUAACAGAUGGUCUGCCAUUGCUGCUAGGAUGCCAGGAAGAACUGACAAUGAAAUAAAAAACUAUUGGCACACCAACCUGAAGAAGAGGUCUCAACAGGAGUCACUCACAAAUGCUCAAGUUUCCAACUCAAAUGAUUCAUCUCCAACUGAACCGACUCCAAACACUUUCAAAAACUUGCAUAAUGAUUCAUAUCCUUCCUCCUCCACGGGCUCAGAGUACACCACUGUCAUAGUCACAGGCGAUGAAAAUGUGGUCCUGGAAGAUGAGUUGGCCUUUUGGGAUGCAGACACCGACCUUACGAGUGCAAACUUCUGGUUAGAAUCGUUUAUGCUUGAUAUUUCCAACUAUGGCCCAGCUGAACCUGAGUUCUUUAGCACAGAGUUUGAUGCAGAACUUUGGACCCAUGAUAAUUGACAUCUUUGCGUGGAAAUGAGUCUGCUUGGAUAUAUAUUUAUAUAUCAUAAGCAACUUCUCAUAACUUCUCAUUAUAGUAAAAUAAUUCUUUAAUAGUC